AUGAAGUAUUUGGCUGCAUACUUGUUGUUGGUUGAGGGUGGUAACACUUCUCCUUCCGCUUCCGAUAUCACUUCCUUGUUGGAGACCGUUGGUGCCGAGGUUGAUGAAUCUAGAAUCUCUGCCUUGUUGAGUGCUUUGGAAGGUAAGACCGUUGCUGAGUUGAUUGCCGAGGGUAACACCAAGUUGGCUUCCGUUCCUACUGGUGGUGCUGCUGCCUCUGGAGCUGCUGGAUCUUCUUCUGCUGCCGCUGGUGGAGAAGAGGCUGCUGCUGAAGAGAAGGCCGAGGAAGAAAAGGAGGAGUCUGACGAUGACAUGGGUUUCGGAUUGUUCGAUUAA